CGACUCGUUCACGAACGACACAUCUGGAGAAACGACACAACAGCUGCAGUCAGCAGAAACGUCGCGUCUUGCUCUGGGUCUUUUCCAGCUACGACCAGUCGUAGAAGAAGAAAUCGAAGUCGAUGGCGGACGCGGCCCAGGCUGGCUUGUGCGGGGUGAAGGUGAUGUGUCGCUUCCGGCCUCUUAACGACGCGGAGCGGAGCCGAGGAGACAAAUCCAUCCCCAAAUUUAACGGGGAUGACACCGUGGUGGUGUCGGGGAAGCCGUACAUCUUUGACAGAGUUCUUCCACCUAACAGUGAGCAGCCUCAGGUGUACGAAACAUGCGCCCGCCACAUCGUCAAAGAUGUGUUGGGCGGUUACAAUGGAACCAUCUUUGCAUACGGGCAGACCUCAUCAGGAAAGACACACACGAUGGAGGGUCAGCUACACGACUGCCGGCUGAUGGGAAUCAUUCCUCGCAUUGCCAGAGACAUCUUUGACCAUAUCUACUCCAUGGACGAGAACCUGGAAUUCCAUAUCAAGGUCUCUUAUUUUGAAAUCUAUUUGGAUAAAAUCAGAGACUUGCUGGAUGUGUCAAAGACCAACCUGGCUGUUCAUGAGGAUAAAAACAGGGUUCCAUUCGUGAAGGGCUGCACAGAGCGUUUUGUUUCCAGUCCAGAGGAGGUCAUGGAUGUCAUAGACGAGGGCAAAUCCAAUCGACACGUCGCUGUUACAAACAUGAACGAGCACAGCUCACGCAGCCACAGCAUUUUCCUGAUCAACAUCAAGCAGGAGAACGUGGAGACAGAGACCAAGCUGUCAGGAAAACUUUACCUGGUGGACCUGGCAGGCAGCGAGAAGGUGAGUAAGACCGGAGCUGAGGGAGCUGUUCUGGAUGAAGCCAAGAACAUCAAUAAGUCUCUGUCUGCCCUUGGCAACGUCAUUUCUGCUCUUAGCGAGGGAACGAAAAGUCAUGUUCCCUACAGGGACAGUAAAAUGACCAGAAUCCUGCAAGACUCCCUGGGAGGAAACUGCCGAACAACCAUCAUCAUCUGCUGCUCGCCAUCUGUUUAUAACGAGGCAGAAACCAAGUCCACCCUCAUGUUUGGACAGAGGGCAAAAACCAUCAAGAACACGGUGUCUGUCAACCUGGAACUGACUGCUGAAGAGUGGAAGAAGAAGUAUGAGAAAGAGAAAGAGAAGACUCGGAGUCUCACCAUCACAAUCCAGAAACAGGAGAGUGAGUUGAAACGCUGGAGGAAAGGUGAUUCAGUACCUGUGGAGGAGCAGAACAGAAGCAAGAAGAACAGCAGUGACGAAGGGAUUGACAGCUUGGCCCCAGCCAUCAUUCCUCUAUCAAAUGAGGAGAAGAUGCAAUAUGAGGCACUUAUCACUCAGCUGUACAAUCAACUGGAUGAAAAAGAUGAAGAACUCAACCAUCAGAGUCAGACACUAGAGAAUCUGAAGCAGCAGCUCCUGGAUCAAGAUGAACUGUUGGCAUCAAAACAUCAGGGCUACCAGCGUCUGCAGGAGGAAAUGUCUCGGUUGCAGAAGGACAAUGACUCUGCUAAAGAGGAAGUAAAGGAGGUUCUUCAGGCAUUGGAGGAACUUGCGGUCAACUAUGACCAGAAAAGCCAGGAAGUGGAGAACAAGAGUAGCUGCAACCAACAACUGAAUGAGGAACUUGCCCACAAAACUGUCUGUCUGGAGGCAGUCCAAAGGGACCUUGUUGCUCUGCAGGAUCUCAGCUGCCAUCACAAGAAGAGAUCAGCCGAUAUGCUCAGUGUGUUGCUCAGAGAUCUCAGCGACAUUGGCGCUGCUCUUGGCACCACUGAGCUCAAAGCUAUGACAGAGACAAGUGGAAUGAUGGAGGAUGAGUUCACCACAGCUCGUCUGUACAUCACAAAAACAAAGUCAGAAGUGAAAUCGCUGGUGAGUCGCACGAAACAGAUGGAGGUCAGCCUGGCACAGAACAUCAGCAAAAUGGAGACCAGUGACAAAGAGCUCAAUGCUAGCCAAUUCACCAUCUCACAGCUUGAGGUGAAGAUGUCGUUGCUAAUAGAAGACCUCCACAAGAUGGAGCUAACCAAACGAAAGCUGGAGGAGAGUCAAGACGCUCUCAUGGAGGAAGUUGCUAAGCUUCAGGCUCAAGAUAAAUUGCAGCAGGUGAGUGUGAUGGACAAAGAGAAAGAACACAUGAGUCGACUGAAAGACGCUGUGGACAUGAAGAAAACAUUGGAGGAACAGAUGGAGAACCACAGAGAGGUGCAUCAAAAACAGUUGUCCCGCCUCCGAGAUGAGAUUGAGCAGAAGCAAAGAAUCAACGACCAACUCAGAGAUUUGAUUGAGGAGCUGCAGUUAGACAUCAAGAAACUUCAAGCUGAUGUGGACAAAGUGAGAGGUGAAGAGCGCAGCAAAGACGAGAAGCUUCAAAAACUGCUAUCACUUCAGGAAAAAAGACAACAAGCCAAAGAGGACCUUCAUGGUCUCGAAGAGACUGUGGUUUGUAGAGGAAAUGACUUUUUCUCAAACCUCCAGUUGAAUUUCUGGCGUUCACAUUUCAUUUGUUUACAGCUCAAAGAGCUACAGACGCUUACCAACCUGAGAAAGCUUUUCAUCCAGGAUAUCAGCAGCCGCACGAGCUGUCCAGAUCGCGAUGGUGACGAGGGAGGUGGCAGUCUGGCCCAGAGGCAAAGAAUCAUCUUUUUAGAGAACACUUUGGAGCAGCUGAGUAAAGUCCAUAAACAGCUCGUUGGAGACAAUGCUGACCUUCGCUGUGAGCUGCCCAAGCUAGAAAAACGUUUUCGUGCAACGGCUGAAAGGGUAAAAGCUCUGGAGUGUGCCCUGAGGGGCGCCAAGGAAGCGGCAGUAAGAGACCGUAAGCGUUAUCAACAGGAAGUGGAGCGCAUCAAAGAGGUGGUCCGCAUCAAGACGACAGCCAGGAGGGGGCACUCUGCUCAAAUAGCCAAACCAAUCAGACCUGGGCAUCAGAACCAGCAGUCCCUUUCUGUCAGAGGAGGCGGGACCACCUUCAGUCCACGUCUCCAUUCGCUGCGCCAAGCACAAGCAGGACAAAGUCAGCAUAGUCCAGCAGGUAGACUGGACCUGGACAAAGACAGACCAGGGGGGUACACCAUGAAGGGAGUUUAGUGUCUUAGUGAAGUUUGUGGAGUGUAAAGCUGGGCUUGCCUGUACAGUGAAAGUGGCUCUCUUUUAAAGCAACUAUACCACCAGGGUACCUUGGUCCUGACCAGGUUAUGUCCAGACUUCCAGCUUAAAAUGGGCUAUGAAAGCGCCACUGCUCUUUCAAGAUUGUGCUGAACUGCUAGCAUUCCCCGAUGAAAUGACCCAUGUGUCAGCCAGACAGAUUUUACACCGGUGUUGCUUUUGGCAGCCAUUUUAUUUCUAGUCUUAGUCUUUUGGAUGAAGAUGAUUCCUAUUUUAGUCACUUCUACAUGUGAUAGCUUUAGUCUACAAAAACUAGAAAAGUUUUAGUCUAGCUUUAGUCCUUUCAGUUUUUGUAAAAAGAAAAAAAAAAGAAAAAGAAGUCAUUUAUGUGUAAGUGUUGGAAAUUGAAUGAAGAAAAAAACAAAAAGGGGAUACAAUGACUAUCUCUGUAUACAAAGUACACUUCCUGUCAACAGGUCAAAACAAUGUUUUUAUGUUUUAUAUAUACACGUGUGUGUUAUAUGUAUGUUAUAUAUAGGCCUGUCACGAUACGUUUUGCUGGUUGAUAAUUGUGCUACAAAUUAUCGCUAUUUGAUUAUAUUGACAUUUUUUAGACCAUUUUUUUCAGUCAAGAGAGGUGUAAUUCACAUUUGAACCACUAGAUGGUUCUCAAGUAUAGUGUAGCUGUGUGAGCCUCAGUCACAAUUACCAUUUUUUAAUGAAAUACUGUAUAUGGCAUAAUAAUGCAAGUACAUCGUUCAAGUAAUAAACUUGAAUUACUUAAGAAAAUUUAACAUUAUAAUCCGAAUGUAAGUACAAUACGUUAAACAAACAACAUAAUAAACAAAAAAAGAACCAAAAAAACCCGAGACGUUUCAAGGUUUUGAUGUCCUUCAACACAUCUUCUUUCACUGGCUUAUGUAGUUCAGGAAUUGCGGUUUGUGACAUGAAUGUUCUCCCAGGCAAUUUGUGCUGUCUGUCAAACAUUUCAAACAUUUUGUGAAAUGUUGGCUUUUCUACUGUAUGGUUGCGUUUCUUUUGCAAUGUAGCAAGCGUCACUGUCUGUGAGCACGCACCAUUUUGUUAAUAUUUACUUUGCCUAGCAAAUGCCUGAGGAAGUGUUGGCUGUCGGGAUGAAGGCUCUGCUGCACCUCCAGUGGUAGUUUAAAAAGGACAAGUUUCUUGUUCAUUUUAAUAUGUUUCUAUGUUCCUGUCUGUGUGGCUCACUCGUAGCCCCGCCUCCACAAAGAGGCUGAAUGACCGACAGGAGGGUUCACUCUCUCUGUUCAUUCCUAUAGAACCAAUGCAUGCAGACACAUGCAGAGUGAACCCUCUUGUCAUCCAGCCUGUGUGCUACAGAGAAACAGGCAGAUGAAACACACACGGAUACAUGCACAUGUCAAUUUAUGCAGGGUUCGUAAUGUUUCUUUUUUUAUUGUUCGAUUAAUCAAUUUAUCUAGUAUCAUGACAGGCCUAAUUAUAGAUAUUACACACAUGUACAGUAUAUAUGUACUCUGGAUUUUUAUUCAAAUAAAUUGUUACGUUCCGCAAGACAGGAGCAAGCGCCUCCUGUCGUGCGCUCUUAUUUUGGCCGCCUGAACUUCCUGCUGGGAGGAAGCGGCAGCCGCUUUCCUCCUGGUUGCCACGCCGCUGCGGACAAUUACCAGUGGCUGUUAAAAGGCCGAUGCCGUCGUACGUGCGGCGCUGGUUCAUUGUUGCUAUUGUUCCUAGUCUCCUCACAGGUGCUGUCACCUAAAGUGUGAACUUACCUGACGAUACUUCCGAGUUUUUUUCCCUCUGUCGUCUUUUGUUUGUACUUAUUCCUGCACGUGUACAAUUAAAGGUCAUUUGUUUGCA